UUCGGAUCAAGACUAUUCAAUUCGAAUCUGCAGAAAUUAGAGGGGGGAAAAUAAUGAAUGAAAUUAAAAAAAAGUAAAUGCAACAACUCGUUGUCCUGGGCUCCGAACAGCUGGUCUUCUUUCCAUAACCAAUCAGCUUCUCAUAAAGGUGACGUAUGAGUGUCCUACGUCAGACCAAGAGAGAGAGAGAAGAGCUGAAGCCGACGGAGUUUGAGAGGAGAGAGAGAGAGAUAGGGACAAGAGUGGCCCAUCAAUACUGUGACCAAGCACAGGAGCUCAGCACACACCCCUAACUCUAAUCGCAAGCAUCUCGAUUCCGGGAAGUCCUGCAACACCUCGAACCCUCGGCCACUUUCCCCACCUUCUCAGAUCAAAACAAGGGCGCUAAGGGCCUUCUGUCCGGUUUUAAAGUGGACCUAACACCGCCUUACUUUAUUGACAUGGGAGACAUGGGGGAUCCGCCAAAAAAAAAGCGUCUAAUCUCGUUGUGUGUCGGCUGUGGGAAUCAAAUCCAUGACCAGUAUAUUCUGCGCGUGUCCCCGGACCUGGAGUGGCACGCGGCGUGUUUGAAAUGUGCAGAAUGUAACCAGUAUCUGGACGAGUCCUGUACGUGUUUUGUGCGAGACGGAAAAACUUACUGUAAACGGGACUACAUCAGGUUGUACGGGAUCAAAUGUGCUAAAUGCAACAUCGGUUUCAGCAAGAAUGACUUCGUGAUGAGAGCACGCUCGAAGGUUUAUCAUAUUGAGUGCUUCAGAUGUGUGGCGUGUAGUCGGCAGCUUAUCCCAGGAGAUGAGUUCGCUCUGCGGGAAGACGGGCUCUUCUGCAGGGCCGACCAUGACGUGGUGGAGCGGGCAACAAUGGGUGCUGGUGACCCAUUAAGCCCAUUACAUCCGGCAAGACCUUUACAAAUGGCAGAGCCCAUCUCGGCACGUCAGCCUGCGCUUCGACCUCAUGUGCACAAGCAACCUGAGAAAACAACCCGCGUCCGGACAGUCCUCAACGAAAAACAGCUCCAUACCUUGAGGACUUGUUACAAUGCCAACCCUCGACCCGACGCCCUCAUGAAAGAGCAGCUCGUUGAGAUGACGGGUCUCAGCCCGAGAGUCAUCAGGGUUUGGUUUCAAAACAAGCGCUGCAAGGACAAAAAGAGGAGCAUACUGAUGAAACAACUCCAGCAGCAGCAACCCCACGACAAAACGAACAUCCAGGGGAUGACAGGGACUCCAAUGGUGGCGACCAGUCCAGAGAGACACGACGGUGGUUUGCAGGCAAACCAAGUGGAGGUGCAGAGUUACCAACCGCCUUGGAAAGUCCUGAGUGACUUCGCACUGCAGAGUGACAUCGACCAGCCUGCUUUCCAGCAACUGGUGAAUUUUUCUGAAGGAGGGCCAGGCUCGAACUCCACGGGGAGCGAGGUCGCCUCAAUGUCCUCGCAACUGCCUGAUACACCAAACAGCAUGGUAGCGAGUCCUAUAGAGGCCUAGGAGAGUGGAUUAUCUUCUGCACCUGAAGUUUGGCAAAGACGUGUCCGGGAACCAAUCUCAGAGAGAGGCUCGUGAAGUUUCUUCCAUCCCUAUUUCAUUUAGGGCCGCUCCUGAAUAAAAACCCAUCCUCCAACUGCACGAGGCCUCUAUACCGAAAAAAACCCUUCUCAUAUUUAUACACUGUGAUGACAAUCAUGGGAUUUAAACACACUCCAACCGAGCAAGUACAACGAGUGUUGCGAAAAGACCAUUUAAAGUUGCAAACUCCUGCGAAAGUGGACCCAGCCGGCGCACAUCUUCACGCACCGAACCUGACAUGAUGACUGCAGAGCUCUGCGGCUGAGUGGACCUGGUCGGCGACACUUUUGCCAAAUACCCCUCCACAUUUUCUUCAACUUUUAUGACAAAUCAUUGGACCUCCACGGAUAUAAGUCGCAAGAGAACUGAAUCUAAUAUACAUUCAUAUAGCCUACUUUUGUGCGCAACGUGAGUAGCCUAUAAUGAAACCAUGACUGUUUAUUCUGUUUCUAUAAAAGAUCGAAAUGGACCAGUUAACUGAAAGAGAGUAUGGCAGCCGAGGUCUGCUGCGAUUACAGUUUUGUUAUAUCAUAUGGCCACUUUUCAAACAUCAAGCCCAAGUACUAAAGCAUUGCAACAAGGUAUAGGCUACCUCUAUUUUGCCACAAGCUGUGUGGGAAUUUCGUGUGUUCGUGUCCGUCCAAUAACUUUUUUCUUUCCCAAAGAUGUGUAUAGUUUUAAGUUAAGUUAAUAUGACUGAUUAGCUAUGGAGGUUUCGUUUUGUUCAUGUACUACAAAAUAUUUUAUUAUUUAUUGUCGUAAGACAUGCCACUUUUGUGUACUUUUAGGCUACAUGCUGAAGAAGUAAAAAGGAGGAAAAGAAUAUUGUCGACUCCGAAUGAUCUAUCAUAAUUGACGUGUCCUGUCGUUUGAUCAAAGACUGAUGUAAGAACAACGCCAUAUGUAGACUUAUCUUCAGGAAUAUUUGAUCAAUAAAAAUUUGACGUGUACUGUAAAGUAAACGGUCGGACACGCGGAGAUUUCUUAAAUGUUACCAUUUUUGUACCUUUAUGUUUCUCACAUGACAAUUUGAAGCAUGGCUAUGGUAAUAUAUAAGCGAAAAUAAGGAGAUUAGGCAAGAGACAACAAAGUUCUUGUUUGAUCAGAAAAAUGUGGUCAACGUCACUGCAGGCCACAGCACUCUUAAAGGGACAGUUCACCCCCCAAAAAUGACAACAUUAACAUAUUUACCUUUUAUAUACUAAGGAAGUGUUUCUACUAUGUAUUGAAGCACUUUGUGAUUGAGAAAGUUGAGAAAACCAAGAAAUUAAAAAAUUAACCUCAGCUGACUUCACUUACUCAUUUGCACACUGACCUGCAGUGAGCUUGCUAAAGUACAAACAGUUAAACAGAAUUAAAACUCAAUCUCAAACACUCCAGAAUUUCGGGAAAUCAUGUCAUGUGCUGGUACAAUCACUUUGGCUAUUCCUGUUUACAUGACCGAUGACUGUGGGCAUUAUUUUUCUCAGCUUUCACGUUUCCUUUGUGCAAAUUGAGAUAAUUUAGAUACUUGUCAUGAAUAUGUUAGACCUAUUCAAUACUAUAAAUUACCUUAUUUAGAAUUAGAAAUCUUUGAUAUUUUAUAUAUACCAUAGGGAAAAAUUAGCUUAAAGAUAAAAACACAGUAAUGAGGGGCAUGUAAAGUAUAGCAAAACUAUUUAUUUAUUUAUUUAUUUUCUAUUUACAUUCCAAUUAAAAGUAUAUUAAGGCAAACUGAAUUAAGAACAAAACAUACAUGACUAAGACAACAUGUCAACAUCACAUUAGGAAUUACUGAAGACAUAGCUAUAUACCAGCCAUGAGAUGGAAGUACAUAUAAGACACAAUUGCAAAGAUUUACUCUUUUGUUAAUGUCAAAAGUUCUUAAUAUUACAUCACUUUACAAAAUAUGUUUUUCAUGUCAAGCAAGUAAACUGUUUUUAUUAUACUAGUGGUAUCACUCACCAGAAAUUAUGUAUAGAUUUAAUUCAGGCUUCAAACAUAUCAACAAAUAAUUUUGUCUGCUUCUCUAAUUAAAACAAGAAUGGUUACCAUUUGUACAUUA